UCAUUAUCGUUAAAAAUGCGUGAAAAAGUUCUGUUUAUGUUACUCUUUUUCUUCGUGUCUACAAUUUCCAAUAGUUCAUGCUCUGAGUCAAGGUCUGAGUGCUACAUAAGCCAUUGCGAUGAGGACAUCAAUCCCGACAAGGCAAAUUUUUACCAUUCAGCACGAGGGAACAAGACGAUGUGUAAAAAUGGGAAAUCAUGUCUUCUCAAUGAUGAAUGCCCAGAUCUUUCUGCGUUUAACUUAGAUAAUUUGGAUCGCUCUGAGGUUGACACCGAACAGUUUGAAUUGAGAGUAAUUGACUGGCCUGAAACAUACUAUCAUGCGACGAUACUUAAUUUGACUGUGACCAACAUUCACUUCAACAAAAUGGAAAUACUGUUUCAGUAUACGAAGGAUAAAAAGAUUUACCAGGCCAUCGACUUGAGUCACCUAGCUGCUAAGAACUUGCCAAAACAAUUAUCCUGGUUAUUCCCAGUAACAGACGAGGAUUGCUUGUAUGAUGCGACCUUACAAAUCUUGGUGGAAUUAGGCAGUACUAAUUACCUCAAACAGUACCGAAUAAAAAUGCCUAAAUCACAGCCCAAUGAACAGUGUCAGGCGAUACACGAUCGAAGUUUAUUUACAUAUGUCGAUAUAACUGAAUGGGACAAAGUACGUUUACACUUACAACCUCUUCCUGCAGAAUGCAAUGUUACCGAGUACAAAGUAGAAUUUUGCGAAUUCGUUGUUGAUGGUAAUUGUAAGCCUGUCGCAGAUUGUAGUUCGAACAAAACAGGGAUCUGGGAAUGGCAACCACUUACUAAGGAGAAUAUAAAUUACUUCUUUAGAGUGAAACCAAUCUCCUCAAAGUGCAGCCCUGAAUGUACAGCUGCAUCCAGCGCAGCAUUUAUGAAGAGACCUUCUCCUACAAAGUUAAUUAUCAUGAUCGUUGGUGUUGGUUGCAUACCGAUUGUGAUGUUCUUUGCUCUGCGCCAGAUUUAUGUCUACUGGAUAAAACACCAUCAAUUGCCCCUACUACGUGCAAGAAAACCGUAUUGCCUACUGACAUAUGAUGCAACACAUGAUAUCCACAUUAAUGUUAUGACGAAGCUGGCUGAGUACUUACGAUCUUGUGAUAUCAAUGCUAUGAUUGAUGUAUUAGAUGCUCCAAAGGAUCCUCUCAAAAAUCCCAGUCUCUGGUGUACCAGUGCAUUUAAAAUGGCGAGUACUGUUAUUGUGGCCAAAUCUCCGCCACGUGAUAAUUCUGUUACAGUGACUCGAUCAAUAUAUAGAAACCUAAAUCAGCAUGCACAGAGAUUAAUAGAGGAGGACUACCAUCGGAAGGAAAAAAGAUACUUUGUUAUUGAGUUUCCCUAUUGUAAACCCGACAGCAUACAUCUUGAAGCAUAUUCCUAUAAACGAUUCAAGAUGCCCAAAGAUUUGGACGAUCUGGUUGAUGAAAUUCAUAAUGCAACUUAUUCGAAACUAUGUCCCAGAGACAAAGGAGAUUUUUUGAAAAGCUUAAAUAUGGCGAAAGAUAGUAUCCCAGUACCCAAUCCAACACUUGACAAGAAACCAAUAUCCUCCGAGAAUAUUUCUAGAUGUUCAUUGGAAAACUGUGAUCAGAACGAUAUCUAUCCAAAGGCACGCAAUGUUGAUGAGUGUGCUAUUUUCAUGACAUGCAAAAACGAUGAUACGAAACGGUUUUAUGCAACUGAUAUUGGUGAGUUAGAGUUACUUGGGGUCAGUGACGAGUCUGAAUAAGAGUCU